GUACUAUUGGAUGGAAGAGAUUAUUUAAUGAGGUUACUAGUGGAAAUGUUUUGAACUUUGAUCGACUAAAGUGUAAACGUACUGGACAAAACUGGUGGACAAUAAUGAAUAAAACUCAGGGAGCGUUCGAACUAACGAUCGAUGAAAAACGAUUGAAUGAAGAAUCUAUCGACAUCUGCAACCAAGAUAACACUUCUCAACAAAUUAAUACAUACAAUGAAAAAGCAGAUGUUUACGUGAUCAAUCUGCGAAAUUCUGUCUGCAAUAACGGAAAAAACCCAUACAAAUAUUUUUUAAUAUACAUCGAAGCAUAUUCCAACUAUAUUGUGCUAAAAGCCCUGAGACUGAAUAAUGAAGAAGAAAUAGUUGAGAACCUCAUAGAUAUUUUCUCAAUUAUAGGGCCCCCGGCGGUAAUUAGUUAUCACAGUAAUAAAAAUAAUUUUGAAAAAUUAUCAAAAGCACUAGAGGACUACAGGAAAUCAAUCUUUAACAUUAAACUAGAGCGAAACAACAGUAACAAGGGCUCUAUCGUCCUUAAAAAUGAAUUAAUAAAACAACUGUUAGAUUGGGCCCGAGAAAAUCCAGAGCAAUCCCUCCAAAUAGGUGUCAAACACCUUCAAAUUACUGAAAACAACAGAAUAAACCCAUCAACAAAGAAGACACCAGUGCAACUAUUAUUCCAACAACUGAUAACUCUAACUGAUAAAAUUCUUCCAAAAUCAAAGAAUUCUUCGAGCCACAGCGAAAAAAAUAUAGUAAUUCCCUCUGUUCUCACUUGUCCCCAUUGCCCUCAGAAAUUUACAUUCCCAAGUGUUUUAAAACGACACCUGCGAUCUCAUACAAACGAACGUCCAUACGUCUGCAAAAUUUGCAAUAAAACAUUCAAACAAUUGGGCCACUUGAGUCAACACUGUCUGAGGCACGAUUUUCAUCCAUCCCAAUGUACAAUUUGCAGCAUUAAAUUCGAAUCUCUGGACCUUCUGAAGAGCCAUUUAUCCGAAAAUCAUAGGAAUAAACGAAGAAAGCUGGUAAAACCGAUAUUUCAAUGUGAAAAUUGUAAAAAAGUCUUCACGACAAAAAGUGUUUUGGAGAGGCACGUCUUGUCUCACAGCCAUGAGCGUCAGUUUGACUGCAAAAUCUGCGGGAAAAGGUUCAAGCAAGCAGGACAUUUGAAGUGCCAUACAUUGGUUCACACUGGAGAGAGAAAAUUUGCAUGUUCAAUUUGUCCCAAACGUUUCAGUCUUUCCAACAGUUUAAAAAAACACAUGUACAUUCACAAUGGUGAGAAACCUUAUCAGUGUGACGUGUGUGGCUCUAGAUUCCUGGAGAGAAGAAAUUUGAAUGGUCACUUGAUGACGCACACUAAUGAGAGACCUUUUGGGUGUAAAAUAUGUGGGAAACGGUAUACCCUGGCGGAUACCCUCAGGAGACACAUUAGUGCAGCUCAUGAGGAUGGGAGGACUUAUCAAUGUGAAAUCUGCGCGAAAAUGUUCAAGCAAUUGGCCCAUCUGUCUGCUCAUAAAAAAGUUCACACCGAUGAACGCCCGUUUCAGUGUCAUCUCUGUGAUAAGAAUUUCAAGCACAAAAAUGUUCUCAAAGGUCAUCUCGCUAUUCAUGCCAAUGUCAGACCUUUUGAGUGCGAUGUUUGCAAGGCUACAUUUGUCAGGAAGACUAAUCUCCAAACACAUAUUCUCUCGGCACACAUGAACGAGCGACCGCAUUUCUGUAAAAUUUGCAACAAGAGAUUUAAACAGAUUAGUCACUUAAGGGGACAUGUUAUUGUGCAUAGUAAUGCUAUGCCCUUUCAGUGUGAUUAUUGUGAGAGGAGGUGUAAUAGACUGGAUAAUCUGAAGAAGCAUAUGAAGCUGCAUGAGAAGAAUAAUAUGGUCUGAGGAUUUUUCAAGAAUUAAAAGGCCUUUGGAACGGCCUUGACGGUCAGGGUUAAAGGAGAUGAAUGAAUAUCAGUAUUAUUUUUUUUAAUCAAUAAAUGUUUUCCGAGAAAA